CAAAUAUUUUUGUUAUGUCAAGUGUUUAGAGAAAAAAACAUUUUGAAAAUAAGCCAUUAUUGUAAAAAGCAAUAAAAAUGUCUGUUACAUUACAUACGGAUUGCGGGGAAAUCAAAAUAGAGCUGUUUUGUGAAGAUUGCCCGAAAACAUGUGAAAAUUUUUUAGCAUUGUGUGCAAGUGAUUAUUACAAUAAUUGUAUGUUUAUCAGGAAUAUCAAAGGAUUCAUUGUACAAACUGGAGAUCCAACUAAUACGGGGAAAGGAGGUGAGUCAAUAUGGGGCGGGAAAUUUGCAGAUGAGCUCAAAGAAAGUUUAAAACAUAAUGAUAGAGGAAUAGUUUCAAUGGCUAAUAGUGGUCCAGAUACAAAUGCAAGUCAAUUUUUUUUCACAUAUGCUGCUCAACCUAAUUUGGACUUAAAGUACACGGUUUUUGGAAAAGUAAUUGAUGGUUUUGAAGUUUUAGAUGACUUGGAAAAAUUACCGGUUAACCCAAAAACUUUUAGACCAUUAGUGGAUAAGAAAAUUAAUAGCAUUACAAUACAUGCAAAUCCAUUAGCAGGAUAAAUACAAUGAGGAAAUAAGUACAUAAUAUAUACUAUUAUAAUAUCUUUUAUUUUGGAAAUAUUUAAUAAUGUGCUUUACUUUUAAUUAAAUAAUGUGUUGGUUGAAAGAAAAUAUACAUAUGCGUCCUUAACUAUUUAAGU